CAAGUCCUACGAUUCCAGACUUUAGGUGAUGGGGUUUUGGAACAAGAUGCUGUCGUUGUUCUUAAUACCAUGGUAACCCCGAAAAUGCGUUACUUGCUCUAAAGUACUUUCAGCACAUGUUCAAACCUAAGAGGGAAGUGGUUCUCUACAAUGUGACAUUGAAAGUGUUUAGAAAGUGUAAGGAUUUAGUGAGAGCAGAGAAGCUGUUUAAUGAGAUGCUUGAGAGAGGUGUUACACCUGAUAAUGUUACGUUUUCGACUAUGAUUAGCUGUGCUAGGAUGUGUUAUCUGCCUGAUAAGGCUGUGGAGUGGUUUGAGAAGAUGCCUAGUUACGGGUGUAGUCCUGAUGAUGUUACCUAUUCGGCUAUGAUCGAUGCAUAUGGCCGUGCCGGUAAUGUUGACAAGGCUUUUAGCUUGUAUGACUGCGCUAGGACAGAGAAAUGGCGCAUUGAUCCAGUGACAUUUGCAACGUUGAUUAAGAUUCACGGGCAAUCAGGGAAUUAUGAUGGGUGCUUGAAAGUUUACGAGGAAAUGAAGGCAAUUUGGGUUAAGCCGAACAUGGUUAUUUAUAAUACUUUGUUGGAUUCUAUGGGAAGAGCUAAGAGGCCUUGGCAGGCCAAGAAAAUUUACCGAGAGAUGAUCAGCAAGGGCUCUUUGCCAAGGAGAUGAAGGAGAAGGGAAUGGAGUUGAAUGUAAUUCUCUAUAACACCCUUUUGUCUAUGUGUGCUGAUAUCGGCUACACUGAUAUGUAAUGAAGAGAACAGGUAUGUUCAUUUAGUACUAAUUUUAAAGAGUGUGAAUUUGAUUCAGGUUCAGUUAGCUACACGUACAUGAUUGAAGAUGCAUGAGUCGUGCAGAGUUCAAAGUGCACAGUAGCCUCAAUAAACUCGAUGAAAAAUUGGUUAUAGACUCGUAUCGUUUUUUGUACAUGAAUGGUGUAUGAAUCGAGUCAUUGGAUCGUCGACGAUGCUGGUCAGAGUCUCAAACUCACCGUACCGAUCAUAAUUCCCGUACAGAAUAGAUGGGAGGCCCGGAUUGUGCAUAUAUAGCGUGGGCUUAAUAUUAGGUCCAUUGCAUUGGGCUAAGUGGAAGGCAUAUCUUGGUUAUAUUUAAGAA